CCCAAUUAACCAGAGAUCCGUAUCUGCAAAGAAAGCUGUCUUUUCCAAUCGCCAGAGGCCACCGUGUUUGUGACUGCCCUGUAUUUGGAACCUUGGAGUACCCAACGGGCUGUGUUUGUAUAUACAACACCCCCAUUUCCCGGUUCUGACAUCCAGGUAAAAACAGGCUGCACUAAGUCACCUGAGCCCAAGCUUCUUCCCUCCUCUCCCAGGUGCCUCCGUGGGCCCUGUUUUCCCUCCUCGGGUCUGGCAACUGUCACUGGCCCCAGUGCAGCAGAAGAUUCGGUUUUAUCGUUUCGAUCAGCUGCGGUGCUGGUGCAUUCGCAGUUGGAGAGCCACGGGCAAAAAUGACGUAAGUUUGCACGCCUGAUGACGAGAACGUGGGGUAACCUUAGAAGGGGAGGGAAGGCCCCGCCAGAGGAAAGGGACUCACAGUUAGGGACAGCAGUGACGCAGGAGUGAGGGCCACAACAUGAGCACCUGGAAGAAACUAACCGGAGGACCUGGGCUGCGUUGAAAAUGAGAUGGAUGCUCACAAUUUGGGAAUAAGAGUUUAAGUGAAGAAUCGAGGAGGCAAGUGGCUGGUCCCCGUACACAUGCCCCGAGAAACUGAAGCCAGAGAGCCUGGCGGGAGCGGGAGAGUGGCCACACGCACCGUCCUUCCCCGGGAAGCAAGCCCCACGUCUGCUCUGCUCGGGGCUGACCCAGAAGCAAUGAAAUCUCUGACUUCGGAAAGCUCAGAAGAGGGCCUGCUGGAUAAGGUGGAACUGAGGCGCCAGUGGGUCUCCCAGACUGUGGAGGAGGUGCAGAAAGCCAUCUACCAUCUGACCACCAAAAUCAGCAACCAAGACAGCCGAUUCCAAGCCAUCCCUUACUCCUUCACGUACAAUGGGAACAUUAAGGUGUUGGCGCCCAGCCAGUUCCUGGUCACAGUCCCGGUGAGAGGCCUGGCCGGGUACAGGGAGGCCUGGGAGCGGCGCUGGCGCUACUACACGCUGCAGGGCACCAGGCUGCCCUGCCCCCUGCCGGGCCCGGAGGGCCUGCAGCAGUGGCUGGAGGUGCAGCAGUUCCCUAGGAGCCUGUGGCUGUGGCACGAGGCAGACGUGAACAUCGAGGGGGACCUUGUGCCUGCCAAGGUCCUCCAGGUGUUCCGGACGCUGGUAGAAGAUGCCAUUGAAGCCUGUCACCUGUCAGGAAAGGUCAGCGUGCUAACAAACGGCACUGCAGUUUGGGUUGCCAUGGAAACGUCCAGCGGUCCGGUGGAGAUAGAGCUGGCCCCCGCAGUGGAGAUCCCCACCGCCUGGUCCAAGAAAGCCCGGUGGCCUCGGUGUCUGACGCGCUGGCCCUCCCCAGAGAGAGUGAAGUGCAUCAAGUCAUUUGGAUUCGCGCUGUUGGCCCGUUUGAAUUACCACUGGCAGCUGAGCUUCUCGCUGGCCGAGCGGGUGCUGCUGGAGCAGCUGGACGAAGACGGGGGCUGCCGCCGCCAGUGUUUCCGGGCGCUGCGGCAGCUGAAGGAGGACGUCUGGUGUCCGGGGCAUAGGCCGGUCCUCACGUCCCACCACCUGCAGACAGUGCUCUUUUGGACCUGUGAGAAGUACCCCCACUCGAAGGACUGGCAGGUCUUCAGCAAAGGGCUCCUGCGCCUGGCGAAGAAGCUGCACAGGUGCGUGAGCCAGCGCUUUCUGAAGCACUUCUUCGUGCAGCGCUGCAACCUCCUGCAGCAUGCCGACGCGGCCGAGCUGGACGCGGUGGCCCAGAAACUGGCCUUCUUCCUCAAGGACCCCCAGAUCAGCCUGCCCUGAGGCUGCGCCAGCCCGGGGGCUCUGGGACAUUGCGUCCGGCUCGACCUCUGGACUGCUCGGGUCAGAUGCCGGGUUCCCGCCCAGGACAGAGGCUACCACGGCGGAGGGAUUCACAUCGGCCCAGGAGCGGGAGAAGCUGCGCCCUCAGGUGUCUGCCUGGCCUCCCCGGGCCGAGCAGGCAUUUCAGCCCUCGCUACCUACCUCUCUCGGGGACAGCUCUCGUCAGGCCUCCCCAAGCCACAGACUGCAAACCGAUGACAUUUCUGAGUUUAUUUUCCCCUGCCCAGGUGCUGACGGGGAGGAUGGAGACAGAACCCGCGGAAGGCGGGGCAUCAGCCUGCGGCACCGCGGUGCGUGGUCCUGCAGCCCGCCGACCACGGGUUCGCCGUUUUUCCAUUUGUAAAAUGGGACUGUUGAGGUGCCUCCCUGCAGGCAGGGCUGUGCGCCAGCGCUGCUGCCCUUUCCAGGAGAGGGCAUUGGACGAACACAAGUGCUGCUGGCUGGUCAGCGGCCAGAGUUUGCAUCCCGGGUCAGCACCUAACCACUGAUUAAAUAAAUGAUGGCUUC